AUGAACCUUGAAGAGUAUUUUGCGAGAACUGACUAUAAAGGUUCCCUUGAAAAACAAGAUUUGGAAACCUUAACUGAUAUAUUCCAGCACCACAUCCGUGCUGUUCCCUUCGAAAACCUCAGCAUCCAUUGCGGGGAGAAAAUUACUUUGGAGUUAGAGCACGUUUAUAACAAAAUUGUGCGGAGGAAAAGGGGUGGCUGGUGCAUGGAAAACAACCAGCUGUUGGGCUGGGUCCUGAAACGCCUGGGGUACGACACCAGCUUUCUGGGAGCGUAUGUGUUCAAUCCACAUCAAAACGCGUAUGCCACCAUCAUGACCCAUCUCGUAGUAAAGGUCGUUAUUGAUGGCAAAGCCUAUAUUGUUGACGGAGGCUUUGGUGUAUCCUAUCAGAUGUGGCAACCGAUGGAGCUUGUGUCGGGGAAAGAUCAGCCCCAGGCUCCCGGCGUCUUUCGCUUCACGGAAAAAAAUGCCAUCUGGUACCUUGAGAAAAUGAGACGGAAACAAUAUAUCCCCAAUCAAAAUUUCUCUAAUUCUGAUCUUCUGGAGAAAAAAGAGUGUCGGAAAGUGUAUAUGUUCAGCCUCGAGCCACAGACAGUGGAAGAUUUCCGUUUCCAGUGCACGUACCUUCAGACGUCUCCAGAUUCCCUCUUUACAAAGAAGUCCAUCUGCACCCUCCAGACCCCCGAUGGCUUUCGAGCGCUAAUUGGGUGGACGCUCACUGAGACCACAUACAACUACAAGGAAAAUAUGGAUCUGGUGGAAUUUGUAACUCUUGAAGAUGAAGAGGUGGAAAAAACACUCAAAGAGAAAUUCAACAUAACCCUAGAUAGAAAACUUGUCCCAAUUAACGUCAAAGGAUUUUACACAAUCUAG